AUGAGAGAGAAAACAGUGGUAGAAUGGACUGACCAUCCGAUCGAUACAUUGAAAUUAUUGCAAAUAGUUCACCGACACGGCGACCGAAAUCCGACAUUAGAUUUACCAAAUGAUCCGUUUAUUGAUCUUAAAAAAUAUUGGCCGGAGGGGGAAAUGGAGAUGACUAAUAAUGGAAAGUAUCGUAUGUAUCGGAUCGGACAGUUUAUUCGUCAAUCGUACGCUGCAUACCUGGGCUCUCAAUACAAUCACCGUGAAGUAUAUGCUCGUAGUUCAGGUGCAAACCGUUGUUUGGAAUCGAUUCAGAUGUUGUUGGCCGGUGUCUAUCCACUCAUAACAACUGCCAAUUGGCAAUCAAAUCUUACUAACAGUGCUCAGUUAGGUAGUGAUUUGCAACCGUUUACAGUAUAUAGUUAUCCGGAUAAAUUUAAAAAUAAUGAUAAACUGCUGCGAAUCAAUGCUUACUGUCCCAAAGCUAUGGAAGCUAUCGAAAAGUAUUUUAAUAGUGAAAUCGCUAGAAAUAUAUCUUAUAAGGAAACGGCAUUUUUAGAAAAGUUAGGAAAAAUUGUUGGCCGCAAACUGAUUAAUCUAGAAGUUAUUGAAAAUUUAUUUGAUGUACUGACCAUUGAAUACUCGAAAAAAUAUUACUGGUCUAACCAUAGCAUAUGGCCGUCCAGUGAUGAUAAGUCUAUUAUUGAUAGACUGGAAGUUAUUGUCAACAAGUAUUUUAAGACCCGAUACAGUGAUCCGGUGUUAAAAAAGACAAACGCAGGUCCACUGAUCAAAGAGUUGGUUACCAAUAUCAAGGAGCGUAUCAAUGGGACAACAAUUGACAAACCGUAUGACUAUAAACUGUAUUUGUAUUCAACACACGACGUAAAAUUAUGUCCGCUUAUGAUAACACUGGACAUAUGGAAUGGCAUAAUAAUACCAUUUGGGUCAUCACUUAUAGUCGAAUUGCACCAACAGUUGGGUGCUAUCAAUGGAAAGGGAUAUUUUGUUAGAUUAUAUUACUAUAAUGAAACACUGGACGACACUAAAAGGCCUUAUUUGUUGAAACUACCCAACUGUAUAUCAGUCGACUGUCCCAUUGAGCAGUUUUACACACUAACCAAUACUUUUAUACCAAGCGAUUGGAACCGGGAGUGCGGUAUUAAUGUCAAGUCAUAAUUGUAGCCUAUGAUGACUACACAACAAAACUUAAUUUGUUUA